AAAAAAAGAAGAUGUCUGAGAAUUGCAAUUUAUAAAGAAGAAAUUGUAAUUUGUAUUGUAUUCACUAGAAAGUGGAAAAACAGUAAUAACGACGGAGGACUGUUAAAAUAUACAAUUAUAAAUGAGACGACUGUUUGGCUCAGCUUGUUUGGUUAAAUUCUUUCGGUAUAUUAGAUCUAGAGUUGCUUUUGGGGUUAUAUUCUACUAUACAAACAACAAAACUUAUGUAAGUUUUCGCGCUAAUGAUAAACGGGGAUUAUUGAAAAAAUAUUACUUAGUGAGUGAACAGUGUCCAAAACUCAAGAGAACCCUUUAGCUGUGCUGCAAUUUACUUUUGGAAUAGACUGAACUAUUUAUUUCUAAAAAGUGAUAGUGUGCAUCCACUAUCCACAUUGGUCUUAAAAGUUUUAGUGUUAACUUGUCCUGAUUUCAUAAUGCAAGCUUGGCUUAGAGUAACGUUAAUAUUAUGCCUUUUUGGCACAUUGCGGGAGAUCCGACCUUCCGAGCCUUUCGUUACGGAGUUUCUUCUUGGAGAAUGGAGAAAUAUUACAGAAGAUCAAUUAAAUCGUGACAUUUAUCCCGUUGGCACAUACUCUUAUUUGUCGCAGCUCGUUCUUGUUUUUCUAAUUACGGAUUUUUUAAGAUUUAAACCUGUCAUUAUAUUAUCGGGUAUUAGUGGAAUAUCAGUAUAUGCUGUGCUACUAUGGACAAGUAGCUUAGAGUGGCUACAAGUAUCACAAUUCCUGUAUGGAAUGUAUAUGGCUACUGAAGUGGCUUACCUAACAUAUAUUUAUGCAAAGGUGGACUCGUCCAAGUACCCGCGCGUGUCGUCGUAUACCCGUAUAGCCGCGCUCACUGGCCGCUUCCUGUCCGGCGUGACCGCUCAGCUACUUACUCACCUCGGUCUCAUGAACUACAGAGACCUCAACUACAUCACACUGUCAGCGCAGAUUUUGGCGACGUUCUGGGCGUUUUGGCUGCCGCCAGUUCAGUUCGGCAUCUACUUCCAUCGGCGGAGUUCCAGCGGAAACACUUUGCAACCCAACAUUCAUGCGCUCAAAAAACAACAUUCAACCUCACCGGAACAUAAGCGAACAUUCCGGGAAAACGUGAUAGAAGCAUCAACGUUGAUCACUCAACAUGCGCGACUGGCUUACACACGACCGAAAGUGCUCGCUUGGUCUGCGCUGUAUGCGAUAGCUUUGGCACUGUUCGUGCAAGUUCAGACUUACGUCCAGCUACUGUGGAAACAGAUACAGCAGGAGAGUAAUAAUCCAGUAGCGUACAACGGCGCAGUAGAAGCAACUCAGACUCUACUAGGCGCGGCGGGCGCGUUCAUAGCAUCCGUAUUCACGCGGGCAUCGAACCCGGCGCCCGUGGCCGCGUUGCAAGGCGUCGCCGUAUUCUUGGGCACAUACACGACCAACGUAUACGUGUCGUAUGCGGGCUACGUAGUCAUGGGCAUGCUGUUCCAUUACAACAUCACCUUGGCAAGUGCAAAAAUCGCCGCUCAGCUAACAGACGAAAGUUGCUUCGGUCUGAUAUUCGGCAUCAAUACACUGAUCGGCACCGGGCUACAAUCGUUGCUCACUCUGAUACUCAUCCAGUCGUUGAGAAUGUCCAUCGCUUCGCAGUACUAUGUGCUUAGUGGACUGUUCCUAAUUUUCGCUGCCGGAUGGCUGCUCGGGUGGAUCAUACAAAAGUGUAAACAGAAAAAAUUAACUGUCGCCAACCAGUAUUAGUAUGGUUUUCUAAUACCUUUGGGGAAUAGUACAUACCCUUAGUACGAGUUUGAACUCACGAAAACUAUCAUAGUUUUCGUAAUUGUAAAUUAUGUUUCUAUGUCCGUUUCGGUGAAAAGUAACCAAAUAUACUUAAAAUUUAAGACGUCUUAAAUUUU